UACGACGCGAUCGACCUGACUCGGUGAUACUCGACUAAAUCAUGGCGAGUGCCAAUAGUCUGGGGACAUUGAUGAGCCGGACUGCCGACGAAAGGACCGACUUCGGGGCUGGGUCUGACUGGGAUCUUACAUCGGGACCCCCUAUAAAGAUCGCCCGAUAUCGAUCGAUAAAAGCCAGAAUGAUCGGCACCCAGAAAUUCGGAAGGCUUAAGAGGCCACUCAUACUCGAUUCAGACCCCUCUACCUGAUAGUCGAUCUCGCUGUUUCGCCAGUCGAUAUCGCAGGAACCACAAUGACGCAGACCGUAAUCGAUGCAGAUUUUGACGUGGAGGACCUGCUCGAGAGCAUGACAACGUACGAGCGUUCUUUGUUGUUGGCAGGUCAGCUCGGCACCACCCCCAUUCCAUCCAAAAAACUACCCAAUGUGCGCUUCUCGGAUGGCCCAUCUGCAGCUAACGGGAAUGCAUAUUUCAAUGGUCCACCAACCAACCUCUUCCCUUGUUCGAUGGCGAUGGCAGCAAGCUUCGACCGAGAGCUUAUCGCAGAGAUUGGUGAUGCCAUCGCUGUUCAGGCCCAUGCCAAACAGAUUCACUGUCUGUACGGCCCGACGGUGAAUAUCGCACGAUCCCCCCUCUCGGGCAGGGGUUACGAGUUUUCGGGAGAGGAUCCUCACCUCUCUGGAGAAUUGGCGGCCGUCUGGAUCGAGCACGUCCAGGCAGGUGGAGUUAUCGCGUGUAUCAAGCAUUUCGUCGGCAACGAGCAAGAAUACAGGAAGCAUACGACGGACGUCAUCGUUAGCGACCGUGCCUUGCGAGAAAUCUACCUCGAACCCUUUCGUAUUGCCGUCGAGAAGGCGAACCCUCUUGCCAUAAUGCCAUCUUAUAACAUGCUCAACGGGACUCACGCUUGCGAGAAUCGAUUCCUGUUGACAGACGUGUUGCGAAAGGAAUGGGGCUGGGAAGGCUGUACGCUAGGAGACUAUUAUGGGACGCACAGUUGCAUGAAGAGUAUAAGGGCCGGACUGGACGUUGAACUCCCUGAACCUUGUUUUCGAGGUCCCGCUCAGAUGAUCAAUAUGCUCGAGUGUGGCAAGGUCAAGCCGACUGAAGUCAAGACGCUUGCUCGACGAGUUCUCAAUCUGAUUAAGGCGGCCGUAAAAUCGGGUAUCUCCUUCGAUGGCAUCGAAGGGAACGUGGAUACGCCAGAGACUCGCGAUUUUCUUCGACGCAGUGCAGGAGACGCCGUGGUACUCCUCAAGAACGACAACGGCGUACUACCAUUGAAAGCGGAAAAGGUGAAAACAGUGGCCGUUAUCGGAGCAGCUGCUGCACUACACCAUACUUCCGGAGGGGGCGCUGCGUCUGUCCAUGUCGAGGCCUUUGUCGAUACACCUCUCGAGGGAAUUCAGGAUCUCGCCAAGGAACAUGGCAUCGAAGUGCACUACGCCAUCGGAAAUCAGACGCAUCUGUUCACUCCACUCAUCACGCCGUUCUUGCGGAUGCCCGGCAGUACUUCUGGCGAAGGUGGCGUAGCGUUGAUUGAGUUCUGGAGGACGCAGCCUACCAAGGAUUGGAGAGAUCCGAGCGUCGGCGAGAUCAAGUCUGACGUCUCGCCAGAUCACAUCUUGAUCUCCAAGACUGCCAAGUGUUUGAUGAUGGAUGGCGCUCCUCGCGACAUCAUUACGGGCGCGCAUUUCGUCAAGUUCACGAGUGUCUUCAUGCCUUCGUCCUCCGGAGACUGGCUUAUCGGUCUCACUGGCAUCGAUCACGCCCUCUUAUUCUUGGAUGGCGAGUUGAUUAUCGACUAUAGCAAGGACUUACAACCCGGCAAGUUGUUCUUCGAAUUUUGUCAAGCUGAGAAGACAGCCAUCGUCAAGGGGAUGACGAGGGGUCAGAGCUACACGAUCGAAGUGCGAUGCUGGAACUCGGGCAAGCUUGAUGCUCUGCCCGUCAGACUACCUGCCGGUUUUCAGAUCGGCGCUGUACCCGUGCUCGACCCGGAUCAAGGUAUAGCCGAAGCAGUCGAGUUGAGCGCUUCAUGCGAUGCUACCGUUGUCGUCAUAGGCCUUGGCAAGGAUUACGAGACCGAGGGCAGCGAUCGCAGCACCAUGGACCUCCCCGGCAACUCGGACAAGUUGAUCAGGGCCGUCUUGGCCAAGACCCCCGACGCAAUCAUUGUCAUCCAAUCGGGUACGCCUACGACCAUGGACUGGGCUGAUGAGGCUUCGACGGUGGUACAAGCCUUUUAUAGUGGGACCGCGGUCGGUCAUGGCAUCGCCGACGUGCUUUUCGGCAAGGUCAACCCCAGCGCCAAGCUUCCCAUGUCGUUCCCUAAAAAGCUUGUGGAUCAUCCGAGCGGUCGCAACUUUGGCGAACAGUCGCCUCUGACUGACAAGGUCGUCUACGCGGAGGACAUAUACGUGGGAUACCGACAUUUCGACACGGCAUCUUGCAAACCUCGUUUCCCUUUUGGACAUGGACUGUCGUACACCUCGUUUGAAUACAGCAAUCUGAAAGUCAUCGCGAACGGAUCGGCUGAGGUACCCGACUUUGCCGUCACACUGGACGUCAAAAAUAUCGGCGAAGUCUUUGGCAAAGAAAGCGUUCAACUAUACGUUCGCGACCUCGAAUCGCGUCUCCCUCGACCGUUCCAAGAGCUCAAAGCGUUUGACAAAGUCUCGCUUGAAUCUGGGUACGUCGGAUCCAUCGAGAUGCGCCUGGACAAACAUGCGUUUAAGUACUGGGAUGAUCGAGAGGGAGGCAGCUGGGUGAUUGAGGCGGGCGAUUUUGACAUCGCGGUCGGGGCUUCAUCGACGGAUAUCAGACUUGUCCAUAGAAUUCGCAUCGAGAAGGAUCUGCAAUGGACAGGCUUGUAGUAUACCGAGUCAAUGUAAAGAAGAUUGAACGUAGAUGCAUGAUA